GUAACGUCACAUGAGUUGGUAGUAAAAACCAUCAGUAAACAGUAAACAAAACAAAAAAAAAGAUUUUUGUUUAACGGAAAAACGUGUUGCCCCCGUAAAUGUAAGACGUGUUUUUUUUUUGUAGCUUGUUUGUAUUGUAUGCAGUUUUCUUACGUUUAUCAAUCGCGCUUUAUUUUUUCCCCAUAACGCGAAUCGACCGACGAGUGUACGUCUCACAACGCGCGUAGCCUCCCAUCGAGCUCAAUUAAUUUUCAUUGAUUUUGGUGUUUAUUACCGCGCGUUGUUUAUCUAAGAUAAUAAUGAAAAAAAAAAAUUAUAAGCCCAUAAAAAUCAAAUGUAAAUAUUGGCAAAAUUAAACCAAAAAAUAAAAAAAAUUACAAAAAUCAUAAAGAAAACCAAAAGGCAAACACAAGGGGCAGAAAUUCAAGAAUGUAAAUAUUUAAACAACAAAUUAAAAAAAUAAAACGAAUUGUAAAUGUGAAUUUUGAAGCCAAACAAUAUUGUCGUCGUUUAGAAUAAACACUAGAGUGGUAUUUUUUUGUGUUGCUGUUGUUGUCGUUUUGUUUUUUUUUUUUUGCCUGUUUGGUUUGGUUUGACUACUUGGCUGCUUUGCACGUUCGCGCUCUUAUAUCGCAAAAUACUAGCGGCGCACUCGUAGCAAUUCAGCAAACUCUCAAAGGUGGCUCGGCGGCUAGGCCCUGUAGUUGGCCCACACCCAUACAGCACUAGCAAUUGAUUGGGUCUCUCCUCCACCUACCUCUCGCAGACAGAGAAAGAAAGAGAGAUAGAGAGAGAGUUAAACUGGUGUAAUUGAGUGCGCGCGCUCAGCGCAAAUAUGUUUGAAAUGCAAAGCGAAAAAAAGCCUCACAAAACAGCGAAGACUCAGCGACUUUUACGCUGUGUUUUAAUGAAUGAAUGAAUUUGGUUUUAUGAAUGAAUUUGUUAACAAAAUACCCUCCAGUACAACAACAAAGGCCAGUGAGAGAAGCCGCAAAAACGUCGAACGAAGAAACAUACAUAAAUAAGACGUCGAUCUGAAAACCAAAAAAAAAAAACACAAAACACAAAACAAAGUUGUGGCAACGACGACAACAAGCUUUAGUUAGGUAUUUGGCAGAGCCUACCAUUACCCCAGCUUCCCCUCUGUCACAGGCAGGCAAUCACCACACACAGAUCAGCAUCAAUGAAUUUACGAACUAAACAAAAACAACUACAUAUUUUGAUGGAUUUACAACAACAACAACUACACAAACCUAAACUUCAUCAAACAAGUUGUCGUUGGUAGUAGUGGUGAUGGUGGUGUUGGUGGGGAGUACAAAUGUGAGUUCGAGUAUUUGUGGAAUUUUCAUGAAUCGAAUCAAAUCGAAAACCAAAUGUAACGAAUCGACUACAACAAUAAUAAACCACAACAGCAACAACAACCAAGAGUUGUUGAAAACUUCAGAAACCAGCUUAAAGUGAAAAUAUUUACAGCUAACCAAAUAUUCUAUGAUAAAAUGCAAAAUUGACUAACAUAAUGAAAUAACAUAAGAUUCAACAAUAAUGUCCCUGUAGAAUCAAAUUUUGUAACAAAAUAAAAGAAAACUCAAGUAUUACCAGAAAACUGAAACAAAAACCAAAAACAAAAAAAAACUUUUUGUUGUGGCUAAGAAAAUUUUGGCAAACAAAAAAAGAACAACGAAAACGACAGAAUCAACACAGUGGAACAAUCAACAGAAUAAAUAUUUGUAUGCUAUGGGGUUGAUGUUUUUUUGUUUUAAAAUUUAAUUUUUGUUACAAAGCCAAAUAAAAAAACAAACAAAACAGAAAAGCUCAAGGUGUACAACUACGAGUUAAUAGCAACAGCAAUCAGCAAUAGUAGAAGUACCUCUACUAGAAGCGGCAGCAGCAACAACAGUUGGCUACAAUUGAAAGUGUCAAUUAUACACUUCACUGGCAGCACUCCACUCACACUUGGGAACAAAGAACCAGCCAGCUGUCUAGGAGUGAAUUGAAACCAAAAAAAAAAAAAAAAAAAUUAUAUCUAAAAAAAAACACACACAAAUCUCAACAGAACAGCACAAUCUUCCAAGUCAGGGAGGUGGUCUUCUUGCGCAAUAAACAAACAACGCUUGGCACAAGCUUCACUUGCUUCAGCACUUGCCAGCAACAGCAACAUUCAGUCAACAACAGAAAAUGUUAAGUUUAACAAUAUUUGUGUUGGCCGCACACAUCAUAAUCGCCUGCCAUAGCACGCGCCUGCCAUUGGAGGUCUACGAGCUGACUCCCAACGCAGCAGGUGGCAGUGAUUUGAAGCAUAAGAAUCUGGAAUAUUCCACCAUCAAUGGUCAACAGCAUUUCCUCUCAGGUGGCAGCAGUCUCAGCAGCAACAUGCAUAAGCCAUUAAUGCCGCAUAUUGGCGACGACAAUGGCCAUCGACAGCAUCAGUCGCCGCCAAUAUUUGAGGAGCCAGAAUUGAAGAUGUUAACCUCCUUGCAAGAUGCAGCAGCCGCCACAUUAACAGGGACGGCGGCGGCGGCGGCUGAUGGUGGUGCCACUGCGACGACGAUAGCAACAACAAGCUCAACAACAACAAAUCAAUUAGAUCGCAGGAGAUCGCGACAAAUGUUGGAUAUGCUACAGCAAAAAAGCCAUCACGAUCAAACAGGAAAUCAUAAAUUACCACCAAGCUCAGGUGCUGGAGCUUCAGGCAGCAUAGCCGGCGGUGCUAUGGCCAAUCGUGCCCCAAAGGAUGUGAGGAUUCUGUAUCAAGUCGGUAACUCUGAAGAUGACCUGCCCAUUUGUGCUCCCAAUGCUGUAUGCUCGAAAAUUGAUUUGUACGAGACACCCUGGAUUGAGCGCCAAUGCCGUUGUCCCGCCGUCAAUCGAGCCCCCGAGAUAGUCAUACACCAUCAUCAUAAGGAUGCGGCAGCAGCACAUGCGAAUCAUAAUUCUGAAAAAUAUCACACCUACUAUGAACAUUCCAAACUUAUGCAUCAACAUUUGCUGGUGGAUGCCAGCUUUGUGGGCAAUAAAAAAUAUGAUAAUUUGCACUUGAAGAAAUUAAUGCAUAAAUUAGGUGCCGUCUAUGAGGAUGAUCUGAAUCUGCCCCACGAUUAUGUUAUGCACGAGGAGACCAAUUCCGCUUUGGCAGAUGCUGAGGAUAAUACGCCCCUCUUUUAUUCGCAAGAAAUUAAUGAUAAUGAAUUUCCUCCCCAUAUGGCCAUGAAACGGCAGCAUUUGUAUACCAAUUCACCGCAUAUGAGACAUUCGGGUCACAUGGGUGGUGGUGGUGGUGGUGGUGGUCAUGGGGAGAAAAUAUCCUAUAUUGGAGGCUGUCCCAGUGGCUUGGGGGUGGAGGAUGGUCACACCAUAGCCGACAAAACAAGGCACUACAAAAUGUGCCAGCCUGUACACAGGCUGCCGGUUUGUAGGCAUUUCCGUGAUUACACCUGGACAUUAACAACUUCGGCUGAGGCAAAUACCACCGAACAAAUUGUUCAUUGUCGUUGUCCCAAGAACUCGGUAACUUAUUUGACAAAGCGAGAACCCUCCGAUGAUGGCAAUGGUGGCUAUAAAUAUUUGUUUGCGUGUUCCCCUCUAACGCGUCUACGAUGCCAACGCAAACAACCGUGCAAAUUAUUCACAGUGAGAAAACGCCAAGAGUUCAUAGAUGAGGUCAACAUCAAUGCACUGUGUCAGUGUCCCAAGGGUCAUCACUGUCCCAGCCAUCAUACGCAAUCGGGUGUUAUAGCCGGUGAGACAUUUCUGGAGGAUAAUAUCCAAACCUACUCUGGCUAUUGUAUGGUCAAUGACUAAUGAGUUGGGGAGGAAGAGGAGGAGGAGAAGAAGCAGGAGGCUGAGGCAGUUAGCAGUGGGAGUAGCAUUCGCAGUUUUUUUGUUGUUAUAUAGAGUAACGCGCGCAUGAGGAUGAUUUUUUCAGAGAAAAUCGCUACAUUGUUGUCAUAGACAUUAUUUAAGUUAUAGGGAUUUAUUUUAUUAAUUAUUUUAUUUUUUUUUUUAUUUUUUUUUAAUUUUGUUCUAAGUUAUACAAACAACCCAAAAGUGGACAAUACGGACAAUGGACCGGACAUGGACUACUAGGGCUACACAAAGAAAAACAAAAACGAAAUAUGAAAUGAAACAAUUUUGAACAGGUUCAAAAUAUUGUUUAAGUUAAUUAUAAUGCUAAAGGAAAAGAAAACAAAAUAACAUAAAUGCUAACAUUAUUUCUAUAACUUAUUAUUAUUAAAAAUAGGAUUUUUUUUACGACUGAGCCAUUAGAGUCUCAAUCCUAAAGAAAUACGAAGUAAAUACAGCCAAUACAGAUGAACUAAGCAAAGAACCUAAAGAAGCAGCAACGACACAUUCAAACUAUGAGAAAACCAAAAUUUCUUUAAGUGUAAGUUUUGUAAAUUUAAGUUCGACAUAUAUUAUAUAUAAAUAAAUCUAUACCAACAUACAACAAAAGAAAAAAACAUGAAAACAAAAACAAAAACAAACUACAACAACAAAACUUAGUAGAAGUCUAAUUUUAAAUCUAAUUAAACAACUAUUGCACAAAACUAAAAUUUUUAAAGGUAAAAAUACACAUAUACACACACACACAUACCACAACAACAAAUAUUUAUUAUCCUUGUACAUAUAAUUAUAUAUACAUAUAUAUAUGAGUAAAUAUAACAAAUAAUAUAAACUAACGAAACAAGUAGAAGAGAAAACAAAAAAAACCAACAACCAUGUAUAGAAACCUAUUUGUAAUUGUAACACUAAAACAAACAAACAAACAAGCAAACAAAUAUGAAAAACGAAAUCUUCCCCUUUAAACUUUAAAAACUCCACGAGUGCCAAAAUAAAAACACACACACACACACAUAUACAUAAAAAUCUAUCCAAAAUUAAA